GUCCGUUCGGCCGUCUGUACACAACAGAUUUCAGAAAUGGAUCGGAUACUCCACAUCAUUGCUAUGGCCGUUGUGAUCGCGGGUGUUAGUGCCCAGGACGGCUACAGUUACGAUUACCCAAACAGCUACGAUUACCCAAACGACCCUUCAUCCGGAGCGGCCUCAGGAGGUCGGGGCCAAGAAGGGAACGACGACCCUUUACAAAUGUUGGCCGAAGCAAUUCCCGGUGGCGGUGUUCCAGGACAGGACUACCCAAUUUUGGCCAACGCCCCAAACACAGGAUUUACUUGUCUCAACCAACCUGUACCAGGGUAUUAUGCAGAUACUGCUCCCGAGGCUGGUUGUCAGGUGUUCUACAUCUGUCAGUUUGAUGGCCGCCAAGAUGCUUUCUUGUGUCCCAAUGGGACCAUCUUCAACCAACAGUAUUUUGUCUGUGACUGGUGGUAUAAUGUGGACUGCUCAGCCACUGAACAGUUCAUUAGCCUAAAUGCUGACAUUGGCAAAGUUCCCGCAAGCAAUGAGGCAAACGCUCCUGGUCAACAGUCCUCAGCCCCAAAUCAGCAACGACCACAAGGGGCGUCUCCCUCCACUCCUGGUCAACAGUAUUCAACCCCCAAUCAGCAACGACCACAAGGUGUGUCUCCCUCAGCUCCUGGUCAACAGUACUCAGCUCCCAACCAGCAAAGACCACAAGGGUCGUCUCCAUCAGCUCCUGGUCAACAGUACUCAGCCCCCAAUCAGCAAAGACCACAAGGAGCGUCUCCAUCAGCUCCUGGUCAGCAGUACUCAGCUCCCAACCAGCAAAGACCGCAAGGGUCGUCUCCAUCAGCUCCUGGUCAACAGUACUCAGCCCCGAAUCAGCAACGACCACAAGGGGCGUCUCCAUCAGCUCCUGGUCAACAGUAUUCAACCCCCAAUCAGCAACGACCACAAGGUGUGUCUCCCUCAGCUCCUGGUCAACAGUACUCAGCUCCCAACCAGCAAAGACCACAAGGGUCGUCUCCAUCAGCUCCUGGUCAACAGUACUCAGCCCCCAAUCAGCAAAGACCACAAGGAGCGUCUCCAUCAGCUCCUGGUCAGCAGUACUCAGCUCCCAACCAGCAAAGACCGCAAGGGUCGUCUCCAUCAGCUCCUGGUCAACAGUACUCAGCCCCGAAUCAGCAACGACCACAAGGUGGGUCUCCCUCCGCUCCCAGUCAACAGUACUCAGCCCCCAAUCAGCAAAGACCACAAGGAGCGUCUCCAUCAGCUCCUGGUCAGCAGUACUCAGCCCCAAAUCAGCAACGACCACAAGGUGGGUCUCUCUCAGUUCCUGGUCAGCAGUACUCAGCCCCAAAUCAGCAACGACCACAAGGGGCGUCUCCAUCAGCUCCUGGUCAACAGUACUCAGCCCCAAUCAGCAACGACCACAAGGGGCAUCUCCUUCAGCUCCUGGUCAACAGUACUCAGCCCCCAAUCAGCAACGACCACAAGGGGCGUCUCCAUCAGCUCCCUGAACUCAGCAACAGACCACAAGGGACAUCUCCCUCAGCUCCUGGUCAACAGUACUCAGCCCCCAUCAGCAACGACGCCCCAAUCCUUAUCAAGGACCCCAAUCGGCUGUCGUCCAUCAGCUCCUGGUCAAACUAUGUAACUCUCAGGCCUCCCCCAAUCAGCAACGACCACAAGGGACAUCUCCUUCCGCCUCCUGGUCAACAUACUACUACACCCAAUCAGCACGACCACAAGGGGGCCCAAUCUCCUUCCGCUCCAGUACUAACAGCACCUAAUCAACAAGACCACAAGGGCAAUCUCCUUCAGCUCCUGGUCAACAGUACUCAGCACCCAAUCAACAACGACCACAAGGCAUCUCCUUCAGCUCCUGGUCAACAGUACUCAGCACCAAAUCAGCAGCAACAACAAGGGACAUCUCCUUCAGCUCCUGGUCAACAGUACUCUACACCCAAUCAGCAGCGACCACAAGGGGAGCCUAUACUAUUUCCUGGUCAACAGUACUCAGCACCUAAUCAGCAGCAACCACAAGGGACAUCUCCUUCAGCUCCUGGUCAACAGUACUCAGUACCCAACCAACAAAGACCACAACUAAUGUCUCCAUCAGCUCCUGGUCAACAAUACUCUGUACCCACGCAGCAACGACCACAAGGGUCAUCUACUUCAGCUCCUGGUCAACAGUACUCUGCACCUAAUCAACAAGGACCACAAGGGGCAUCUCCUUCAGCUCCUGGUCAACAGUACUCUGCACCCAAUCAACAAGGACCACAAGGGGCAUCUCCUUCAGCUCCUGGUCAACAGUACUCUGCACCCAAUCAGCAAGGACAACAGGGAGCAUCUCCUUCAGCUCCUGGUCAGCAGUACUCAGCCCCGAAUCAGCAACGACCACAAGGGGCGUCUCCAGCAGCUCGUAGUCUACAGUUCUCAGCACCUAGUCAAGAACGACAGUCAAUGACACCUCCUAGUCAGCUGUAUUCACCAACAAAUAAGCAGCAGCAGGCAAUGGACCCUCCUAGUCAAUAUUACAGUAUGCCUAACCCCUGA